UUCAUUUCUCUUCAUCUCUCCUUUUAUAUCUAACUAAUUACCCUCCCUUGGAUCCCCUCUCCCCUCCUCCUCUUCGCCUUCCUCUCUUUAAUUACCAAAAUUUACCUGCAUUUCCUCUCCAAAUUUCCUCCCAUUUGCAAAGAUAGAUAUAUAUUCUUGAAAAGCAAGCAAUAUUAUAGCUAGUGCUAGAUAUAUUGUUGGAACUGCGUACACUCGGACAUUGAGAUCGAUCAUAGUGUUCAAGGAUGUCUAGUAGAAGGUCGAGGCAGUCUGGAGUUUCAAGGAUCAGUGAUGAUCAGAUCAUUGAACUUGUCUCCAAGCUGCGCCAACAUCUCCCUGAGAUUCGCGAGAGGCGGUCUGAUAAGGUAUCAGCUUCGAAGGUUCUACAAGAGACUUGCAGCUACAUAAAGAACCUGCACAAAGAGGUGGAUGACCUGAGUGAGAGACUGUCCCAGCUGCUGUCCACAAUUGAUGCUGAUAGCGCCGAGGCUGCGAUAAUUAGGAGUUUAAUAAUGUAGUACUAUAUAUUAUGCUGCCUGAGUAGUAAUUUUUACUCUGCUUUUUUUCUUCUUCUUCUUCCUUUUCAGCAAGUAGUAUUUUUCUUAUUUAAUUACUAGGUUUGGGUAUAAAAAAGGUCAGACAAGAGGGUUAUAGAUAAUAGUUUUAAGAAUGUGUGAACCCAUGUGGUUGGGCAAUGUAAUUAAGUUUGUAUUAAUAAAGGGGGUACUUGCACUAGCAAAAGCCCCCUUCUUAUUAUGAUAUAUAGAAACUGAUUGCCUUUUAGGGUGUGUUUGGCAAUGGCCUUUUGCUUUUACCUUUUGCCUCUGCUAAUUCUUGACUUUUUGAAACAAAAAGUUUGGUUUUGA